CGGGCGCCGACCUGUGGGUGCCGGGCCAGGGAGGGUGCCGAGCGCCCCGAGACCCUCGCACUUUCCUCGCGCCAGGAUCCCAACCGUCAGCGGAACGCCGCGCACUCCGACUCCGGCUGGGUCAGUCAGAAACCUCGGGAACCGACCCGCCUCCUCGCUCCGCAUGGGCAGUUACCUGGGCAAGCCGGGGUCCCCGCCGUCGUCCCCAGCGCAGACGCGCGCAGGCUCUUCGGAGAGGCCGCUGAAGCGCCGGCCGGCUCAGCCCCUCCAUCGGGUCCACCGGCUCCCGCACGUCCAUCGCGCCCCCCCCGCCCUGCGGCACGGACGUGCGAGGCGGCAGCCGCCCCGGGAGCCGGCCAGGCCCACCGCGUGCGCGGCCCAUGGGGCUUGGAGGCGCCUUCCCAUGGAGAGGCCCCGGGAUUCCAUCGUGGGGCCUCUUCCCUCAGACUGGUGGGACAGUUACGUCAAGCGGGCUGUGUGGUCUCCUCGGCACCCCCGGGCGGCAGGGAGCCCGGUGACCAUCAGGAUAGCCCCUCCUGAGCGGGGAGCGCUUGCCUCCACUUCCCCCGCAGCGGCGAUCGCCUCCGCAGGGCCUUCGCCCUCUGAGAAGCCCCCAGACCCGUGUGCGAAGGAGACGGUGCUGAGGGCCCUCAGGGAGUGCAAGAAAGGGAGGGUGAGGUUUGAAGAACCGCUGUUGCCCGACGGCGGCUCGCACAGUAAGAGAGGGAGUCCGGACACCAGACCAUCCGCGUUUAAGCCGCUGGUGAAAAAUGGAGUCCUCACUUCUUUCGUGCCCAGGCCCGGGCCUCUGAAGAGAAGCCUCGAGUCCUGGAGCUCCGGUCGCAGCAGCCCGAAGAAGAGGCCCAGUCGCUCCCCCGUGAGCUCCUUGGCCAGCACAGGCAGCCCGCUCGGCUCCGGAAGAAAUGCUAUCACGAGUUCUUACAGCUCUUCUAGAGCUUUCUGUGAGCCCUGGAAGAGAAGUGUUCCCAGUGCAUCCCUGCAGACACCAGAGUGGCCAGUAAAAAGGAAGGAAAAGGGUCAUCAGCCUCACUCCCCAGUCGCACUGGAAUCAGACGAGUCCCCAGCAUCAACUGGCAGCUCUGGGCAGCAGAGUCAGGAGAUCCCACGGCCACUCUCUAGUCCCGGGGACCUGCUGUCACUGACCCCACCUCCCCAGCUUGGUGAUGCAGACCCUGAAGAGGGCCUGGCCUUAGGGCAGAGAGGUGGACUCCAGGGGAGCGACAGAGCCGGAGAGGAGACAACUGAGGUCACCAGAGACUCUGCCUCUGAGACGUGCUCUGCUCUUCAGCCUUCCCUGUCUCUCACCCUGCUUUCCGCAGGCCCGGCUCCAACCCAGGGCACAAGUCCACAGCUGGAAAGCUUAACAAAAACGCAGAGGUCUCCCCUGGCCCUGCCACCAUCUCCUGAAGACGGCGUCCGUAGAGCGCAGUCCGCUGGCAAGGAGCAUGGCCUGCUGUCCUCCCGAGGCCGCUCACGGUCCGAGCCCCUUCCAGGCACCUCUUCAGACUCACGGCCCACGGCAGCUUUCAUCCUUCUGACCCCUGUUUCUCCCACGUCACCGGCCACUGACGCCACAUGGCCCCCUGCGAGCUCUCAGGCUGACAGGACUACCAUGCCCCCGAGGCUGCCUGCCCUGAGCCCUGCAGGGCUCACUGUGCAGAGUACUCCGUCUGGAAUGAGCAGCCCAGCUCCCCAUCUUCCUGCAUCUGCACCUCCUGUCGCGGCUUCUGCGGGCCCCACGUGGAACCCCAUUUUGGGGCUCCCACCCGAGAGUGAGACUGGAGGCUCCUUAUACUCCAGAACUUCAGUCACCGCGACAGCAUCUUCAACUCCAAGCGUCUCGACUCCCACCUUCAAGCCUAUCUUUGGCGGCAUAGGACCCCUUAGAGCGACGCCCGUCAUGGCGCCUUUCUCUCUCAAGCAGGCCUCUCCUCUGGCUCCUGCCGCUUCUGCCCAUCUGCUCCGUGGCCUGGUCAAAGCUACCUCUGUCGUCGUGUCUGCCACCCCAGUUCUCACGUCCAAAGACUCUGCUUUCGUGGCACCUUUGGAUCUGGGCGUAGUGAACGUCACCAGGAGCACGGCCGGCACUUUCUGCCUCCCGUCGGCCUGCCACACCUUCAGGGCCAGCUUCGGCCCGGCCACAAGCUUCAUUUUCCCAGCCCAGCAGCGUGCUACCAUUCCUACCGUACACGCGGUCACCAUCUUUAGCCAGGUCCUUUCCAGCACUGUCCAGAUAUCCCCUAGUACAAGCACCGCCAAUUUCAGGGCUGUGGGCGGUCCUCUGGCAGCUUCAGCCCUGGUAACCCCACACCAGCCCUCGUUAUCAUCCAGCAGGCCCAGUCCGACCCCAGCAUUCGCAGUUCCCUUGGGCUCAGGCUCGAGGCCACCCUUCCCGCUCUCCCCCGGAGCCACUCCCCAGCCGGCGCUGGGGGCUGCAGGUGGGCAGAAGCAAGGGGCCCCCCAACCAACCCUUGGCCCAAGCUUCAGUAGGCCUUUCAGUUUUGGAAGCUCAGCCGUGGCAUCCCCCACCCCAAGCCCCACUGCAGCUCAGCCAGCCUUCAGCAGUGCCUCGCACUCACACCUCGGGCGUUGGACACCCUCCGCCUCCGCCCGUCGCCUCCCUGCCGUCAUCUUGCCGACUUUUGGCCGCACUCCAGCAGGGUUCCCCUUCGGUCAAGCUGGUACAACUGGGUUUGGGGCUGUGGCCCAGACGCACGGGAAUGGCGCCUGUGGCUCAGUGUUUGGCAGCACAGCCCCACGACCUUUUGCCUUUGGGGGAUCAGUGACCCCUAUGGACUGUGGGGAGUCUGGGAUCAGUGCCACUGCCCCAGACAGGAGCUCCCACUCUGGGGCAUCCGGCAUUGGAGCAGGGCCAAGCCAGACCGCUGGCACCCUCACACCCUUUGGAAAAGCCUGGAGCCGGAACACGCCAGGCCUGACCAACCAGAGCUCACCUUUUGUCUUGGGGAGGGCCAGCGUUUCUGCAAGAAAAGCUAUGUUUGGGGGCCCCUGCAUGGCCCCCUUUGCUCAGAGCACCCCCGUCCCUGGGCCAGUAAUGACAAGCAGCAGCCUCGGCUGUGGGAUGCCCUCUCCACCUGCCCAGGGUUGUGCUGGGAGAGGACUUUUCAGAUCAUCAGCCUCUUCAUUUUCCAUUGGUGCAAAAUCAAAAACCCCAAAGAAUCGGGAGCAAGGGCAUUCCCGAAGGCAUCAUGCCCACAAGAAAUAGCCUGCGUCCCCGGUCCUCUGAUCUGGACCUCAGGAUUGUGAAGAGCCUCGGUGUCUUCCAAUUCUCGAAAGCAAACGUCCCCCAGAUCUAAGGCUAGAGCUUUACAUAUGCACCCUGUGGGUCCCAAUCUAUAAUCCAGAAGAAGGUGAAGGACCAAGGUAUCUAGUGGAAACAGCAGAAUGAAACCGGGUGAGACCAAACCUUUGGAACUGAAGAAACUCUCCUCUCGCCCGCUCCUCUCUGUGUCAGGUGCAGGGCAGUCAGCCCUGCCUCUAGCUUUUUCCUUGGGAUAGACAUGCCAGAGCAGCCCAAGCUCUCUUGCAUCUCUGGCGGGAGGAACAGAUUCUAAGUCUUAGCCUGCUUUUAUUUGGCCCUCAGAAGUAGCUCCCCUUCUCUUGUCCCCCAGGAAUCCUCACUCCUCACCGCUUUGUUCCUCAAUGAGUGCUUGGAGGAGCUUUUGAUGUCAUUUGAUGAAAUCUGAUGUAAUUGUCCUUGACUGAUGAGCCCUUGAGGGCGCACAUGUCCUGUGCUUGCUGUCAGUUCCCCCCCACCAAGCCGUUUUAAUCUUUUCCUGGGAGAGCUGGUGCUCUGGCCCCUCCCUUUUCCCUGCCAAUUUAGCCCCUCACAGAUGGGUAGGUCAAGCCUCAGUCUGUCAGAGCCCAGUUGCCACUCCUCGUUCCAGAAAAGGGAAGCUCCCGGCCAGUGUCCCUCCAGGCUUGGAGCAAGCCGCCCGGCCUUCUGCUUGCCAC